AUGCCAGGUAUCGCCAAUGUCUUCGGUGGCGGUGGCAUCAACCCAGGUGAGUUCUGCCGAUGCAAUACUUGGGGCGAGGUUGAAGCUCUGCACAAAUGCUUCGACAUCCUGGAGAAGGGAGAUUGCAAGACCAUCGACACCGCUGCCCUAUAUGGCAUGAGCGAAGAGCUACUCGGCAAGGCUAAAGCUGGGGAUCGUCUGACCAUUGACACUAAACAGAAGGGCGGCUUCGAUGAGAUUGGUGCCACCAAAGAUAACGUAGUCGCUCAGGCGAAGCACAGCAAGGAGAUGCUGGGCUGCAACGUUGACAUCUACUACAUUCACGCACCUGAUCACAAGACUCCACUUGAAGACACCUUAGCUGGUAUUAACGAGGUUUAUAAGUCCGGGUUCUUCAAGCGCUUCGGCCUAUCCAACUACAAAGCCGAGGAUGUGCAGAAAGUGUACGACAUUUGCAAGGAGAAGGGGUACCCGUUGCCAAAAGUGUAUCAAGGCAACUACUCAGCUGUGGCACGGAAGCAAGAAGAGCUUCUCUUCCCAACUCUACGUAAGCUCGGCAUUGCAUUCUACGCCUACUCGCCCAUGGCGGGCGGGUUCCUGACCAAGACAAAGCAACAGAUCACGGAUGGGGUCAAUCGCUUCUCCAAUGAGGCAUUGGGCGGGAUGUACCGUUCGAUGUAUAAUAAGCCAGCGUACCUUGAGGCUCUUGCUCAAUGGGAGCAGAUCGCCAAGGAUGAAGGCUGCUCGAGGGCCGAGUUGGCGUACCGCUGGGUCAAGUACAACUCGCCAUUGAAGGCAGAGCACGGCGACGCAAUCAUCUUCGGCGCGUCGAGCUACGAGCAGCUCGAGCAGACGCUGCAGGGACUAAACAAUGGUCCACUAAGCGACAAGGCCGUCAAGGCGAUUGACGGGGUGUGGGAGACUAUCGCGCACGAGGCGCCCCUCGACAACUACCACGACUUCGCGGCUAAGUCCAAGUAA